AUGACUUCCCUUUCGUGGAAGGUCGAUAAGCCGAGCGAUGAUCCCGACGACCUCCCGGCUUGCUCCUCGUGCCGUAAGCGAAAGCUUCGCUGCUCCAGAGAGGCUCCUGUCUGCUAUCACUGCAGCAGAACAGGUUCCGAAUGUGUGUACGACACGAGACAGAAGCCUGGUCUCAGGCCUGGCGCAGUCGAAGCGCUGAACCGUCGUAUUGCUGUCUUAGAACAAAUCCUCCUGGACAGCGAAGGUGUUCCACGUGUAACAAUCACUGCAGAUGGAAGAGUCGUAGGAAGAAAUCGUCUACCCGUGCCGGACUCCGAGCUCGAUCUCCUGGGGGAAAAAGAAGUGGUCCGACAAUGGGACGGCUCACGACAAGUCGGGUUGUCUAAACUUCAAAACGACGAUGUUGCGACCGACGCUUUAGGACCUACUCUAUCGAAACAUCAUGAAAACAGCAAGCGAAAAGCUGACCAGCUAGACGGUUCUCCGUCACAAUUCUCCUCUCAAGAGACCAACAAUCUCAUGCAAGGACUACCGCCGCGUGCGGUCCUUGUGAAAAUAGUCGACUAUUUCUGCCUUUCAUUUCAUCACUGGAUCCCUUUUCUUCAUAAAGCCCGCAGUCAGGCUGAGGUUCGAAGACGGGAGUUGACGGCCGACUUCGUUCUCGUUCUCCAUGCACUGGUGGCGGUGGUAUUGCCACAUUUGGACGUUGAAGAUGUUCAAAUGGAGGUUGGGGCGGUGAGGCACCAAAUGAAAACCUCCAGAGAUCUCGUCAUGCAGCACGCAAUGGACAACAUGUCUCUGCAGGGCCUCCAAGCUCUCGUAAUACUGGUAUUCGAUGACCUCAAUAAUGGAGAAUCAACGAGGUCGUUUCCGCUGAUCGCGCUAUUGACCAGAACGGUUGACUUUCUGCAAUUAACUGUCGAGCCCGGGACACCGCGAUCCAGAGUCUUAAUGAAACCUCUGAAUCUAUUGGCGCCCGCGCAAGAUUGGACCGAGCUCGAAUCUCGAAGGAGACUAUUUUGGUGCAUCUUCCUUCUAGACAGAUACAAUUCGGCCCAUACUGGCUGGAACACGAGUUUGACUUCGGAAGACGUCCACCGUCGCUUACCCGCCGACGGGGCUUUUUUCACCCAGGAGAAAUCUGUCCUCUGCCCAUUCUUUGGACUGUGGAACAAAACCUUUGCGAAACUCAGUGUGUCUCUCGCGGCCCAUGUCCCUGCUCAGUACAACGAGGAUGAUACACCCUCAGAUAUCAUCCCGGAAGCUAGUCCACCCACUAGUGCGAGCACGAUUGCAGUUGAUUCGUCGAAUCUGGGAGCCUUUGCCUAUUGCAUCGAGGCAACAGAGUCGUUGAACCAGGUUACGACAUUCUUCUUGCAACAACGAAUCGACUGGCAGAACAGGCAAGACGUGCUUGAUUGGCUCACACGCUUCAAAGAGCUCGAUCUCCGAUUGGUACAUUGGAAAAUGUUCCUGCCACCGCGGUGGAAAGACUCGAAUAUCUCGACCGACAAAUCCUUGGUCAAUAUGGAUCCCAAUCUGACCUUGGCUCACAUGACGCACAACACGUCCAUGAUUCUCUUGCACUAUCCCGUUGCAUUUCCCCCCAUCGAAUGGACAAACCUGGUGCAACUUCCUAGCGCCUGCAGCGCCGAAACGUGCCAACUCGCAGCGGUAGAGACAGCUCACAUUGCUGAAAAGUUCUUGCGACACACGCCAAUACCUUUUGUAAAUCCACAGUUUUCGUUUUGCGUGUUCGUGGCGGCAAAGGCCCUCCUGGCAUUAUCCCGCGCCACUCAGGGCCAAGUGAUCGCGGAAUUCAGUAACUUAGUCGAAUCACUCUGGACCAUAUCAGCCCGAUGGAAUCGCCGUCCCAACGAGGAGAAUUAUCGGGAAACGUGCACGAAUCAAACAAGAUGGGAUAUUUCAGGACGGUACGCCCAAUUUCUCGAAAAGCUUCAUGAAAAAUGCCAGGGGAGUCCAGAAUUCCAGUUUGAUUUCCUGGACCAUUCAUGUAAGAAUCUGGCACAUUCACCACGGACUCCGGUGAACAUCUCGACCUCGGUCAUGGCCAAUGAGGCUUGUGCGGCGACGUCGAACACCAGUCGGACGGCAAGACAGCACAGCCAAGCAAAGUUGGGGAGAAGCUCUACUCUUGGGCGUGCAAAGCGGCAAAGAAGAGCGGCAGAAAGACAAGCCAGCGAUGAUCCGACCAACAACAUCAGCAUCAACAUCCAAGACCGUAGUCGGCAGAAGUCGGCCUCCGAUGUAGAUUAUCAAGCCACCAGCUCACAGCCCUACAACUCAUCUCAGCAAGUGGCACCGGCAACAUCACACCCCCAUUCGUCGACAACCGUACAUGGGGACUUUUCCCUCCACCAUUUUUCUCCAGAAGGUACUUUGAUGUCGAUGAACAAUCCUCCCGUGCCGUUUCCCGAACGACCAAGUCAGACUUACGACCAAGCAGGGAUGCAGGAUGCUUUGUCGAUUCUGUCGGAUACUCUCAUGGAUCCGCAAUACACGGAGUUGGAUCGGGUCAUCACGUUUGAAGAGGCCAACUUUUAUGUGUCAGACAUCGGGCCCGGAUGGAUUUCAUGA